AGGUUUAUCAAUUCCCUAUUUGUGAUCCAGAAAAGGCUUAUAGGUUUUUGUUAAGUUUAAGAGGUGAUUGGGUUGGGUUUUUGUUCAAGUAUUUCCGCUAUUUCAGAAAUGGUGAUGGUUUGCCAGAUUUUGAUGAGCUUGCUUUCAGACAUUUACCUGAAUGGGCCCGUCUCAAGGAAAAAGCUUUUAUGAAAAGGGCCAGAGAAGAAUAUGAAGAAGAGCUUGGAGAGAGUGAAGAAGAGCUCAAAGUGCCAGAAGACUCAGAUGAGGAAGAAGAUGGCUUUGGUUCAUAUGUACCUCACAUUCACUACUCUGGAUUUGCUCAAUUUGUUCCAGCAUUACCUACAAAUGAAGAUAUUGAUGCUAGACUGAGUGGGAUUAAUCUAAGGGGCUCAGACAAUCCAAUUCCAGAGGAUUCGAAUAGAGGUGGAACAGGUAACAGAGGAAGAGGUCACAGAGGCAGAGGCAGAGGACAUAGAGGUGGAUGGAGAGGCAGAGGUAGAGGAAGAGGAAGAAACAAUGGAGGAAACACACUCAGAGGAGAUGUUACACCACCUCCAAGAUUUAACAAUAGUAGACCAUCAAGAACCUGGAGUGAUGCUUUGGUUUCUCCAGAAUGAUCAAGAGAGCUAAGCUGAAUGAUGACAUGAAUGGAAAAAUGCUAUAAAUUCAACAAAGAAAUGUAUUCAAUUAGUAGAAACAGCACUACACUGAUGGCCCAAAGAGACCCAUUCUUUCGGGUCCAGGU